GGAACGCAUGCGUAGGAAGCAGCGUGAUAAACCUGAGCCAUUGCGGCAAGUCUAGCGCAGAGAGGACGGGGAGCUGGAGAUGACAGACGCUUGGUUCUGAGGAGUGAUUUUGCAACGCAAUGGAGCGAGGAAGGGAUCGCUUACACUUGAGAAGAACUACUGAACAGCACGUGCCAGAGGUUGAGGUCCAGGUCAAACGUAGAAGGACAGCCUCACUGAGCAACCAAGAGUGUCACUUGUACCCACGACGUUCUCAGCAACAGCAAAUUCCUGUGGUGGAUUUCCAGGCAGAGCUGAGACAGGCAUUCUUAGCUGAGACACCAAGGGGUGGUUAAAGCAGUAUUGCAACUUCAAGGUGGUGGAAGUCAAGGAAAACAGGACCCAUCCGCUGUUUGUGAAACUUUGGUCAAGCUUACAUUGUGUGUUAAUAGCCUGCAUCAAACCUUUAUUUAAAGUCCUCCCUCAAGUAUUAAGGGUCUUGAAAUUUUCGUGUUGACAACGGCUAUUGUGGAACAGCAAUCAUG